AUGCUAGAGGCCAAUAUUCAUGAGCAGCAUUCCGCGACACGCGACGCGGCGACUGUCGCGCUGCUACUGGCUACUCGAGUGACAGCGACAGUCGCUGAGUUACUUUCAGAUGAAGAAGCUAUAGUGCGUCCCUGUUCUUUUCAAGACAUAAAAUGCAUUCAGCAGUACUUUGUUCAAAAUUCUCAAUGCACCCUGCCAAGCGGACCUGCCCCGGACUCUUAUAGGGUUAAAAGUGUACCCAUGUAUAUACCCCAUGUCAAUGUGACCUUCAUCUUGACUGAUGUCGACAUUAAAGGGUUCAAUGACUAUAAAAUUGCUGAGUUUUAUGUAAACAAAAAGACAAAUACUGUCCUGUUGGAGGUGGAAUUCCGCAGACUUUGGAUUUAUUCUCCAAGAACUAUUAUAAGCUAUCACAGGAAAGGGAAGGAGCCGUUGGACUUAAUUGACUACGCGUUUAUAGAGUACUUAAAUCUAUCGCUUACAUUAACUGCGCCUCAAAUAAAUAACAUCGAUAUGUCCAAAAACCAUGUCUACACAUACGUCGGCAAACGAGCAGACGGAUUGCCUGAUGGUAAGCAAUCAGCGCCGCCCAUGGACACCCGCAACGGAGGAGUUAAGAACCACGCUUUUGCCAGGAACCCUCACUACGAACAAUCCAUCGUGAGACCUUGUUCCAUCCAUGACGUGAACUGCAUACGAGGUUUUUUCGCUUACAACACCCAAUGUUCCAUCGCCGAAGGACCAGCCCCAGAUCCAUUUGUGCCUGACAAGAUUUUCUUACCCACACCACAUGCGAAUCUUACUUUUACACUGAAUAAUCCUGAAAUCAAAGGCCUCAAUAGUUGGAAGAUUAAGGAGUUCUAUAUCAACAAAAUCACAGGCGUUUUAGUUAUGGAGGUGGUGUUUGACAGUAUUGUGGUGCAUACUCCUAAAUGUAUCGUCACGUAUUACCGGAGAGGCAAGGAACCACUACAAGCGGCUGAUUAUACCGAAAUUGAAUACAAAGGCCUAUCUAUGACCUUGACUAUUCCUGAUCUCAAGGACCCUCAGCUGUCUGAAGCUCAUGUCUUCACGUAUGUACCUGACAGCAAACCGGUGUACGUGCUAGGACCUGACAUUUAUAAGAUUAAAGAUCCUGAAUUUCAGAGGGCCAUCUUUGUGGCAGAAAGUAAAGUGGAGAUAAGUCUUGUGGAACUCUUUGUUUCUCAGGGACCAAUUCUCUUCUCCAAGUUCUUUCAAAGCAGUAUCUGUGAUACUGCACAUUACUGA